AUGGAAGUGAAAAUACUAAGAUUAUUUGGCUUUGUGGUGAAUCCUCACAUCAAGGGUGAAAAAAGGCUCAAGUGUUUAGAAGAAGGAGAUCCAAGUGGGAAGUCCCCAGAAAAAGUUUCAUCUGAAGUGAAGAAAUCUGCGACAGGGAGAUGUUCAGGGUAUGAACUGAAGCAAGAGAAGUACGAGUGUCAGUUUUGCUCAAAGGAGUUCAAGAACCCACAAGCAUUGGGGGGUCACCAGAACGCCCAUAGAAAGGAGAGGCUAAAAAGGAGAAGAAUGCAACUUCAAGAAACGAGUAAAAGUUUCAAUUUUUACCUUGAUGCCCCCUAUAACCAAAACAAUCUUGUUUAUCAUAAUUCUCUUUCGUGUUUUGAUGCAUUCUCUGCUUAUGUACCUCAGUUCAAGCUCUAUCAGGAAUCUCUAAUUACGUUCAGUCCCUCACAUCAGAGCCAAAACUUUUCUUCUAGUAUAUCUAAUGUGUCCAAAAUCAUUCCUCCAGAUCCCAAAAACAGCAAAGAAGACAUCUCUGUCAGGUCUACAGUCCUCAAGCCUUCUCCUUCAUAUACUUUGAAGGGGUGCCAGAAAUCCGUGUAA